AUGGCGCAACAACAACAGAUUGCAAGCCGACUUUGGACGCUUGCUAAGCUUAACCGAGAUGAAAAUGUGUUUUAUCUAGGAUUGGCUGUUCUAUGGUUCUUUAAUACCCCAGUUAUAGUCACAAUUCUACCAUAUGCCACAUUUUCAUUAUUUCAUUUGAUUACUUAUUUCCGUACGAAUAUUCUUCAAACAUUCUUCCCACAAUCUCGUCAAUCUCAUUCAUCUCGAGAAUCUCAUUCAUCUCGAGCUCCAAAAUUAUCACAAUAUGAGAAAUGGGCAAAUUCUGCUUCCAAAUUUAUUUCAACGUGGGUUCAUCAAAAUUAUGAUCAGGCAAUGAGAAUUGUUAGUUUUUUUGAAGUGGUAGUUAUUACAUCUAUGUUAAUUUGGAAUGUUUUAACAUUUUAUAUGAAUAAAUUUACUACACAAACUUUCCGUGACGUAGGAAAUUAUUUGGAUAGAUUGCUUUUACCUCCAUCAGCAAAUCCAAAUAUUCCUCCAUUUGUAACGAAAGCGUAUCAACAUGCCAAAUCUGCAGUUAUUUGGGCUGGUCUUUUAAGUACUACAACAUCCUCACCAACUACUCCAACGUCUGUCGGUUCCUCAUCAUCCAACGCGUCAUUUUCUUCCGGUCCACCCGGACCAGCUUUACCAAGUUUGAGACCAACACCGGAACAUAUACCGGUUAAUAAUUUUAAUUCCCAAGAAGUUGAAACAUAUUUGAAUACUGGUUGGAAAGAAGCAGUGGAACGACAUUAUGCCAAUUCUUCCUCCGAACCUGAUAAAACGGAAAUGUAUAAUGCAGGAAAAGCUUGGGGACCCAGAGGAGGACCGGUUUGGGGACAUAAACCACAUUUAAUGGCAAAUGGCAAUGAUUUCUUUACUGAACUAAGGAAGUCAUCUCCCAACGUUCAAGUAUCAAAUGCUCAACCCGCAACAGCCAAUAUGAAAAGGAUGUCUAGCCAAAGACGAACGAAAGUUUUUGGUAGAAACCGAGAUAAUAAUGGCAUGUUUGGAUAUUAUCAUCAAAGGAUUAAUUCUUGA